UGGCUUGGCAAGAGGUCACGUGGGGCGUUACCCGGAGGCGGAACACUGCUACCGCCGCCUAAAAGCUUGCUGUUCGGGGGGCGCCUGGAUAUCCUAGCCAUGUGCCCCCCGCAUCCUGCCUCUGCUAUGCUGACGUUUUCUGUUGCUUUCUUGGCCGCGCCCUUGGCGCAGGCUGAGAUACCGUACGUGGUGCUUGUGGACGCAGCCCGCCCGCUGAGGCCUCUGUUGCCCUUCUGGAGGAGCACCGGCUUCUGCCCCACACUGCCUCACGACCAGGCUGACCAGUACGACCUCAGUUGGGACCAGCAGCUGAACCUUGCCUACAUAGGUGCCGUACCUCACAGUGGCAUUGAGCAGGUCCGGAUACACUGGCUGCUGGACCUCAUCACAGCCAGCAGGAAGUCAUCUGGUCAGGGACUGAUCUACAACUUCACCCACUUGGAUGCAUUCCUGGACCUUCUCAUGGAGAACCAGCUUCUCCCUGGAUUUGAGCUAAUGGGCAGUCCUUCUGGGUACUUCACGGACUUUGAGGACAAGCAGCAGGUGUUUGAGUGGAAGGACCUGAUUUCUCUCUUAGCCAGGAGAUACAUUGGUAGGUAUGGGCUGACACAUGUUUCCAAGUGGAACUUUGAGACUUGGAACGAACCAGACCACCAUGACUUUGACAACGUGUCCAUGACCACACAAGGCUUCCUGAAUUAUUAUGACGCCUGCUCUGAGGGGCUGCGCAUUGCCAGCCCUACUUUGAAGCUGGGUGGUCCUGGGGAUUCCUUCCACCCCCUGCCAAGGUCACCAAUGAGUUGGAGCCUCCUGGGUCACUGUGUCAAUGGAACCAACUUCUUCACUGGUGAGAGGGGCGUGCGUCUGGAUUACAUCUCCCUGCACAAGAAGGGUACAGGCAGCUCUAUCGCCAUUCUGGAGCAGGAGAUGGCAGUUGUGGAGCUGAUCCAGCAGCUCUUCCCUGAGUUCAAGGACACCCCUAUUUACAAUGACGAGGCAGACCCUCUGGUGGGCUGGUCCCUGCCACAACCUUGGAGAGCUGAUGUGACUUAUGCGGCCCUGGUGGUAAAGGUCAUUGCACAGCAUCAGAACCUGCUGUUUGCCAAUAGCAGUUCCUCCAUGCGCUAUGUGCUCCUCAGCAAUGACAAUGCCUUCCUGAGCUACCACCCGUACCCUUUCUCCCAGCGUACACUUACUGCUCGCUUCCAAGUUAACAAUACCCACCCACCCCAUGUGCAGUUGCUGCGAAAGCCAGUACUCACAGUCAUGGGGCUGAUGGCCCUGUUGGAUGGAGAGCAACUCUGGGCAGAGGUCUCAAAGGCUGGGGCUGUGUUGGACAGCAAUCAUACAGUGAGUGUCCUGGCCAGCACCCAUCACCCUGAAGGCUCCUCAGAGGCCUGGAGCACCACAGUCCUGAUCUGCACUAGUGAUGACACCCAUGUACAUCCCAACCACAGUAUCCCCGUGAUUCUUCGCCUGCAUGGGAUACCUCCUGGUUUAGAGCUUGUCUACGUAGUACUCUCAUUAGACAAUCAACUCAGCAGCCCCUACAGUGCAUGGCAGCACAUGGGACAGCCAGUCUUCCCCUCUGCAGAGCAGUUCCGACACAUGCGCAUGGUGGAGGAUCCAAUGGCUGAGGCACCACGCCCCUUUCCUGCUAGGGGCCGCCUGACCCUACACCGAAAGCUUCCAGUGCCAUCACUCCUGCUGGUGCAUGUAUGCGCACGCCCCUUGAAGCCACCAGGGCAGGUCAGCCGGCUCCGUGCACUGCCCCUGACACGUGGGCAGCUGGUUUUGGUGUGGUCGGAUGAGCAUGUGGGCUCCAAGUGCCUGUGGACAUAUGAGAUCCAGUUUUCCCAGAAGGGUGAAGCGUAUGUCCCAAUCAACAGGAGGCCAUCUACUUUUAACCUCUUUGUGUUCAGUCCAGACACAGCUGUGGUCUCUGGCUCCUACCGAGUACGAGCAUUGGACUACUGGGCCCGGCCAGGCCCCUUUUCUGACCCUGUGACUUACCUGGAUGUCACUUCCUCAUGAGAGCCACUGGCUCCUAGUGACUGGUGAGCCUGUGCUGACUGGUGAAUGGAGUUAAUCAGGAUGAGCUAGACUGCCAUUAGCUACCCAGCUGACUAUCAGCUUCUGUUGUUGUUCCCCUAUUUCCCUUUAAAGUGUCUUUCUCUACCUCAGACUUAGGGUCAGCCUUUGUGGAUGAGCACUUUACAGGGCCCAGUUGGAGUGACCUUUGCCCACCUUCCUCCCCAUUCCCAGCUGUUCAAAAAUUUAAAUGUGGGACUGGAAUGAUGGAUCAGUGGACAAGAAUUUAUGUUCAGAUAUCUAACUCUCAUGUAAAGGCUGGACAUGGCAAUAUAUGCCUAUUGCCCUAGUGUUGGUAGAAGGGACAGAGACAGGCCAGGGCUCACUUGCUUUCCAGUCUACCUGAAACUGCAACUUCCAUACCUACCACAGUUUAAAUUCAUUUUCUUGAGCUUCUGUAAUAUCAAAAAUAAAGUUAUGUACUUCUGAAA